AUGACUCUAACAAAAUCAGAUGAUGCUUUCUGGCUGCUGGUUGUUGCAGUUUUAUGGGGUGCAACCAACCCACUGUUAAAACAAUACAGUCAAGGGGUAGAAAAGAUCAAAUGCGUUGGAAGUGUUGCACAGUUUUUCUCAGAGUUUACAUUUUUGUUCUUCAAUUGGCAGGCAAGUCCUUUAACACUGAGUUGUUUUUAUUCAAAUUAUGGUAUUAUUUAAUCAAAUAUUGCAAUUCAUUUUUAAAGAUUAAAGAAUAUUGUCAAUUUGUGUUUCAACCAUUACACUGCUAGCACAACAGGCCAUUGAGUAGAAAAGAUGUCAAAUUUGUUUUUGCCUUUUCUCAUUCAGCGUAUGUUGACAGAACUAGGAGUAGGGUCCCACAAAUAAAAAGGGACUAAUCCAUAGUUUAAUUGUUGUUUUUUUUAAUUUAUGUUGGGGCGGCUCUUAGCAAUACAUUCUAAGAAGAGUCUAUAUGAGACAAUUAGCCUUGGCUGGAAUAUCAAUAUGUUAUUAAUGGUAUUAUAAUUUAUUCAGAGUAAAAUACAUUUGAUGCAUUUAAUGUUCCACAUGUUUCAUUUAUCUUACAGUAUCUGUUGUCUUUUCUAACCAACCAGAUGGGUUCUGUUAUCUACUACAUAACACUUGCAUCUGCAGGUAACAUGAUAAUAUUUAUAUUCAUGCGUUAUAUAGACAUAAGAGCACUUUGUCUAGUGGGCAUUUUCUGCCAAGUAAAGAUUACUUGCCCAUGCCUUUACUUGCCCAUAACAGUUGCAUCUGCAGGUAACAUGAUAAUAUUUAUAUUCAUGCGUUAUAUAGACAUAAGAGCACUUUGUCUAGUGGGCAUUUUCUGCCAAGUAAAGAUUACUUGCCCAUGCCUUUCAUUUAGACUGUUCUCUAUAGACAUAAGAGCACUUUGUCUAGUGGGCAUUUUCUGCCAAGUAAAGAUUACUUGCCCAUGCCUUUAAUUGCCCAUAACACUUGCAUCUGCAGGUAACAUGAUAAUAUUUAUAUUCAUGCGUUAUGUAGACAUAAGAGCACUUUGUCUUGUGGGCAUUUUCUGCCAAGUAAAGAUUACUUGCCCAUGCCUUUCAUUUAGACUGUUCUUAAAAAUACAACAAAUGGAAAAAAUUAAGUUCGUAACCCACUUUAAUUCUGGUGCAUGAAAAAAAUGUGCAGUUGCGACGGGGGGUGGGGUUACUAAUUGGGAUUCUCAUUAAGUGCGAUACUUGAGUGCAUUACUGGAGUGUAUGUUUUGUCAAAUAAAUUUAGUGGAUGGGAAGUUCAAGAAUUCAAGACCUUAUGCUUCUUGUGUUGCAUGUGUCAUUGUAACACAAUCAGGGUCAGAUUGACCUAUUAGCCUAGGGUCUUUUAAUCCGUAAAGACCUCAACAUGCGUAGAGACCUCAACAUGCGUCUAAAUAAUUCAGAAUUUUUAUCAAGACUACCAAAUGCAAAAAAAAAAACAUCAUUUUUAAAAAUAUAUUAUACUUGUUAAAAUUUAUUUUAUUUUAAUAAUUUUGGACAUUUUUAAGUUUUAUGAUAACUUUAAGGGUAAUCUUUUUAAAAUAAUUCAGGUGUAAUCUUUUUAUUAGACUUUAGGUUUUAAUUAAUGUUGUGGUUGUGAACAUAUAUCACCUGUCCAUCAGACAGAGGCAGAGUCCUCUCUGUCAGGGCAUGAGUAUACAGCAUAUGUUCCUCAGUAGGAGGCAGAGUCCUCUCUGUCAGCACUUGAGUAUUAUAGGCAUCUUGUUUACAUCAUUUUUCCCCAUGCAUGAACUUAAGCUGACCCCAAGUUCAGCACAGCAACAAGGGUGUGGUUUAGUUAUAAAUAGUCUCCCUUGACCUUGUUUACAACUAAAAACAAUCUAUGGUCUGUAUAAUUAGAAUUCUUUUGAAAUAUCGAGACUAAUCGAGAAAGGAAUACAAUGUGUAAGCCCGUUCUAGAAAUGUCUCUGAAACAGGCUAUAUAUACGCCUAGAGAGAUUGAGCUAUUGGAAGAGAUAUUUGCUAUCAAGAUAGGAGAGGAAGAUAUUUAUAGUUACUCUCUGUGUGUUCCUUCUUUUUCAUCACGGUACUGUAAUAGCUUUAGUUUUUAUUUCUUUUUGAUUUUGUAAUUUUUAAUUAACGUAACAAAAUUAUUAAUUGUAAUUAGCCCUAGUUUGGGUAUCAUUUUCUUUAUUAUUGUAUUUAAUUUAUGGUAUCGUCUUUUGUUGUGUACUGUUUUUCAACGAGCCAUAUUGUCAAAGAGACAUUAAAAUUAAAUUCUCUAUUCUCAUAAUGGUACGUAACAUGAGCAUAUAGCAUAUGUGCCUCAGUAUGAGGCAGAGUCCUCUCUGACAGCACAUGAGCCAAGUGCCCAGUAUCUAAACUAAAAGUUACUAAAACCUCAUUAUUCAGGUUUAGCUGUUGUGAUAUCAUUUUGUGAUAGAUCGGUGAGUUUUGGGUUGCAAGUUGGGCAUUUGGUCUCUAAAAGAUUUCCAUCACUGGUUCAGGGGUAAAUCUAAAUCCUGCACUGGCUGUAAAUAUUAAAAUUAAAUUGAUUCCAACGACAAGCUUCUAAUUUAACCUUGCUACUCAUUAAAACUUGUUACAGUGUUAGAUUGAUGUUGAAUAUUCAGGCAAUAGUGGGACAAGGUAUGUUGAAGCUUGAAAUGAAAGGAAAAAUGUUUUGGCCUAGAGCCAUCUUCAGGAAAUAAGACAAAACAAGAAACAACAAGAAAUAGAAAAUAGUUCAAAAACUUACAUGAUUGGACUUUGCCAUGUAUUUGAGAAGUACUAUAUUAUUACCAGAAGUCGGGCUGUCCAAAACCAAAAUAUGUGUGCUAUCCAAAAGACUGCAAGAGGUAAAAGAAUUUAUGUAUCAUAACUGUCGAGUAUAAGAUUUUAAUGGACAAAGAAUAUUUUGGAAAUACCCAGUAUGUAAAAUAAAAGAAAUACAGGGAAAUUGAGGAUCACUAGUAGGAGAGUAUUUGAUUGCUUCCAUAUUGUGAUAUUGUGCCGAAAUUCUGAAUUAAUUUGAUUUCCUUCCUAACUUUUGCUGUUGUGUUAGCGCAGGAUAUCAGUGCAGUGGUGGAAACGUCAGAUGCGCCUUUGUGUUUAUCUCCAUUGUAAUGGUAUGAGACCAGGGAAAUGUUGCCUUGUUUGAUAACACAAAGAUGUUCAGUGAACCUAUCAGAUAAUCUUCUUCCCAUUUCACCUAUAUAAAUAUAACAGAAGCAGCAUCUACGGCACAUGAUAGCAUAGAUCAUAUUUGGACUAACACAUGUGAAGCCCUCUUUUAUGGUAAAAGUACCUUUGGGUAGGCUUAUGUUUUUGGUUUCAUGUGAAUAAGGGUAAGUCCUACAACAGUUUCUUGAGCAUGGCUUUGUUCCAAUGUGAGAUGGGUCAGCUCGACGGCGACUGUGACCCAGAUCACCUCGAUUUUUGUCUCGUCUGAUGAUAAUAAGUGCAGGGGACGAGAAUAUCCAAAUUGUGUCAGCAGGAAGUAUAUGUCGAUUCAAUGUACUAUUCAAAUUCAAUUCCAAGCACCGUAAUAUUACAUUAAAAGCAAGUGAGACAGUCCUCAUACUAGUUAUACAAUCCUCACACUGGUAACACUAUCUCACACUGGUUAUACAAUCCUCACUCUGGCAACACUAUCCUCACAUUGUUAACACAAUAAUCACAAUGGUAACUUUUGUUUACAGAGUUGACUCUGGCAGUACCAAUCACAAACUCUUUGACCCUAAUAUUUACUUCACUGUCUGCAAGUGUCCUGGGAGAAAGGAACCUUACCUGGAGUAAGCAUGUCUUUAGAAUACCGGUACUAAAAGUGUAAUGCAGUUGCUCAUUACCGUUUAUACAUUCUGAAAUGAUUACAUGAACUCUCAUGACUCGUAUGUAUUUUUUAAGUCUUUAUAUUUUGUAAGAAUGGGUUAUAAAGAACUAGGUAAAAUAAAAGCUAUCAUGAGAAGAAAUACGAGGGUGGAAAACACAAUCAUUGUGAAUAACAGCUGACUGGAAGAAGUAAAAUUGUUUGUGUACCAAAUGAGAAAUGUCGCAGCAUAUAUAUAUAUAUAUAGUUUAUCUGUCAAAAAUGACCAUAUUAAUCAUCAUAUUUGUGCUAGUUCUGAAUUGGCUGUGUGCAGAUAGCUGAUAAGACAGAUUCUGGCCCAAAAUGUUCUUGUGCAGUAAGUGCAGAGGAUGGAUGGGACAUCUCCAGGUUAAUAGUUAACCUGGACUUUUCUGGCAUGUUUUUGUGCUCUACAUCAUGCUUCAUGCUGUAUGGAGCCUUUGUGACAUAGGAAGGAAUGUCACAACAUCAUAUCCUGAUUGUGACAUUCAAUCUCAAUGAAUUUUUGUUGGAAAAAAAAAAGUAUAAAUUCGCUAACUUAUUAAUUUUACUUGUACAAAUCAUAAAUCUAUUAUUGACAACUUAACUUUUAUUUGUAAAAGAGACAAAUUUAAUAAUUUUUCUGACACUGUUAAAGUCAUAGAUUCAAUAAUUUGUAUGACACAUGUAAAACUCAUAAAUUCAAUAAUUGGAGUGAUACUUCAAACUUUAUAUUUGUUUAAACACUGUAUCAUUUAUGAAACUUUCAGAAACAGGUUUCGGGAUGCUGUUUAUCAUGUCAGGUGUUCUUCUCUGCGUCAUGAGUAAAGGUGACACUUUGGCAAGUUGA